CAAAUCCCUACACCAUGCCUGAAGCAAUUUCUCACCACAACAUUGUCGAGAACGUCGUUGGAGAAUCUCAGCACAUCAACCGUGCUGCUCCCGGAGUAUGUGCAGCAUUCGUUCGCGAGGAUGGCAAGCCGGUGCCCAAGCUGUUCCAGCCCCUGAAGCUGCGUGGUCUGACCCUUCCUAACCGCAUCUUUCUGUCUCCUCUAUGCCAAUACUCUGCGGCCGAUGGCCAUUACCAACCAUGGCACAUGGCCCACAUUGGCGGUAUUGUCUCGCGUGGUCCAGGAAUGACUAUAAUUGAAGCAACUGCAGUCACUNNCCCAGUUGAGCUCGAGCUAACGACCUCAAAGGAAGGUAGAAUCACCCCUGAGGAUGUCGGUAUCUGGAAGAACAGCCAGAUUGCUCCCUUGAAGGAAGUUGUCGACUUUGCCCACAGCCAAAACCAACUCAUUGCUAUUCAGCUCGCACACGCAGGCCGUAAGGCGAGCUGUGUGGCUCCCUGGUUGAGCGCAGCUGCUGUUGCACCAAAGGAGCAGAACGGAUGGCCAGACAAUGUCCUCGCACCUUCUGCUAUUCCUUGGAACGAGCACCACGCAAACCCCCGCGCCAUGACCCUUGAGGAUAUUGAAAACUUCAANAAGUCUUAUGCCGACGCUGUCCACCGUGCUCUGAAGGCUGGUUUCGAUGCCAUCGAAGUCCAUGCUGCGCACGGUUACUUGCUUUGCUCGUUCCUGUCGCCCACUUCUAACCAGCGUACCGACAAGUACGGUGGAAGCUUUGAGAACAGAACCAGACUUCUCAUCGAAACUGUCGAUCUCGUCAGAGAUAUCAUCCCCGAGACUAUGCCUCUCUUUGUCAGAGUCAGCGGAACCGAGUGGCUCGAGGAGGUCGAAGAGAUUAAGGAGAGCUGGACUUCGGAACAGACGGUUGAGCUUGGAAAGAUUCUUGCUGAACGCGGCGUUGACUUGAUGGAUAUCAGCUCGGGCGGUAACCACCCCAAGCAGCACCCUCACGCAGCUCCUGGAUACCAAGCACCUCUCAGCAAGGCAGUCAAGAAGGCAGUCGGCGACAAGAUGGCCGUCAGCGCUGUUGGCAGCAUCCAUACCGGAAAAUUGGCAAACGAGCUUCUCGAGGAAGGUCUUGACGUUAUCAUGGUCGGACGUCUGUUCCAGAAGAACCCUGGUGCUGUGUUUGCGUUUGCCGAGGAACUUGGUGUUGAGGUCAACAUGCCAAACCAGAUCAGAUGGGGAUGGUCGAAGAGAGGCGCUUCCCAAUUGAAGACUCUAUUGGAUUCCAACCUU